AUGAGUAUAUUGACAGCAGAGAGACUAGUUAGUUUGGCAUAUAGGUAUCCUCACUUACAAAACACGUGGUACUUGAUUGCCACGGCGUGUUUAACGGUAAUUAAUCAGCCACAAGAGAUCCCCAAAUUGUACCAUUUUGCUCUAAGACAACAACUUCUUGAAGAUCCGAAUUCAAGCACUCCCGACUCACCUAGUCUUUUAACUAAUCAUUACUUGAUUCAACUAGCGCAAGACUCGAUAAGCUCUGCUAAGAAAUAUCAGGAUCUCUCGGCAGUUGGCGUCAAUUUACCUGAUAUCUUGAUCCCACAUGGAUACUACCAAGAAUUACCAUUACGGUUCAAAUUUUCGAAAAAUGAAGAUAUACAUCAAAUGCAAGAUCACUUGACUUCGAGGUUUAGAGAAGUUAUAUUGAAAAGUGUUGCGCUUAGUGGCUUACCUAAAGCAAUUAAUGCAUUAAUGGUUUUGAAAACAGUUACUCCAUCCAAUUUGAAACCAGGAAUAUAUCCUGAGCGUCCCUGUAUUGUACGACCCGGGUAUAUGCCAUCUGCAUCGAUCAUCAGUGAAGACGUUUUUGGCACCAAAUUUGACAAGGACGAUGAUGACGAUGGUGAUUUUUUACAAGAUACGGUGAAUGGGCCAAUUUCAGAAUCUUCGAUAAACAAACAACAAAUAGCCCAAGAUUUGAUUAGAGGCUCAAGGUUCUGGACUUCUGUAUAUACAAAGAUCAGCUUAAGGGUAAAGAAUCAAAUGUUGACUGCCUAUCCUGAUUUAUGGCAUUACGCUUAUGAACAUGUCUACGCGCCACUAUUGAGUUAUACCCAAAUAAUAUCGGCCAAAGAAACUUCAAUGUGUGUUGUUGCUUGCUUAAUUCCUCAGGAUGUCAACCCUCAAUUGAAAGGACACUUGAAGGGAGCUUUGAAUAAUGGUGCUACUAAAGAAGAGUUGAACGAUAUAAGAUCUAUGGUGUUUAACAUUUGCGACUGGUCUGGCGGAACAAAAUGGAAGGGUGGCAAAGAGAGCGUGGCAAAAUUGUAA